ACCGCGCGGCUCAAAUCAGACCGCUUUUCAAAUGCACAAGCUUCUCAAAACCAGCCAUGCAAUUCUCUACCCUAUCCUCCUCAAAAGCCCCAAAUCUCUGAUACCCAUUUCUCAAUUCCACACCUCCAGUAAAACCCUAGCUCCUAAUCCCAAGCUCCAAUUCGUAGUCAAUCAACUUCAAGAGCUCCGGUCAUCAAAUGAGUUGCUCUCGGCCUCGGACUCCGACGAGCCGUCUGGGUCGGCCAACGUGGAGGAUUGUGCGGUCCAGAUUUCGCAUCCGUGGCGGGAAUGGGUGGACCUGAUGGAGCUUUUGCUGAGGAGAGGCUAUUUUCAAGGAGAGGAAAACCCGUUUCGAAAUGGCCAAGUUGGCCCGAAGGAGUCCAACCGUAUUCGGACCGCUUGCCUUAACUUUGCUAGGGACCGGUCCGGUUUGCUGAGGUUGUUGUCGAGAAAAGAUGUCCAGAUUAUUGCAGGGUAUGGAUGCCUAAGCAUAGAUAGGAAGGUUGUCAACUCAGGAAAGCGGCUAAGGGCGCAUGUCGGCAUUGAUGAAGGAGAUGUGUGCAGCUCCUGCAGUUUGAGAGGCGAUUGUGAGAGAGCAUAUGUGAAGGCCCGUGAAGAUGAGGGUGGGCGUACUGUGGAUGUCAUGCGAUUCUUGUUGACGCAUGGGCUUGAUCCCCGUACUGAGACAGUUGGGAACAAGGCAUCUCUAAAUAGAAAGGUCAAAGAGUCAGUGAGAAGAUUAUUGAAAGAGAUGGUGGAGUAUAGCACUGAGAAGCUUGAUGCCAAUCUCCCAGAGAGCACGACUUUAAAAAGGGUUGAAACCUCACAAAAUAAUGCAGUGCCACAAGAAAAAUGCAACUUAAACGUUCCAAUGAAGCAAGGCGACUGGAUAUGUCCCAAAUGCAACUUUCUAAACUUUGCCAGAAACGUUAAGUGCUUACGUUGUGAUGGUCUGUUCCAAGAGAGACUGGCAAAACUAAGGGAGGAUCAGGAUCAUCUUCCAUUGAAGAAGGGGGACUGGAUAUGUGAGAAAUGCAACUUCCUAAAUUUCGCCAAGAAUGGUAGAUGCUUGCAGUGCAAAGAGAAGCCACCCAAGCGAGAGCUAAAUCCUGGAGAGUGGGAGUGCGACUCCUGCAAUUACGUCAAUUUUAGGAAAAACAUGCUAUGCUUAAAAUGUGAUCACAAAAGGCCCAACACUUGUGCUGAACCUGUACGUGAAGAUGGAGGCUACCAUAGGAGUAAUAGAGUGAGUUUUGGUGACAUUGAUGUCAAUGAUCGAUCCAACUCCGGACAAGGUAGACAUGGUCAAAUCAGAGGUGCAGGCAGGUGGAGAUUUGUGGUUGCAGAGAAUGAUGAUUGUAGUCACCAAAACUCAUCAGAUAAGAAAUCUAGAUUUGUAGACUUUCCGAUUGUAGGAGGUAAGACUGAACUGUCUCAGAAUCCACAAAAGAGGGACAAAUGGAAGUUGAAGAUGUUAGAGAAGAACAAAGGAGGCGCAGUAGAUAUAGCUAGUGAUGAUGAACUCAGGUCUACCAGUACCGUGAGAAGAGUAUUGCUUUCUGAUUCUACAGAUGAUGAAGAAAUGGCCGACUGGUUUGGGGUUAGAAAGAUGGAAACAGAGGCUUCCAUCUAAUUCUAACUGAUUCCAUCAAAGCUGUUUUACUUCCUCACUGCAACUUAAAGUAAUUUACCAAAGAUCUGCCAUUCAACUCUUUGUUGAAGAACCUCAUUAUGAAUUCGGAAGCUUAAA